AAGGCAAUGAGUUUCACCGGUAAAGUGGCAAUCGUGACUGGUGCUGCCUCCGGGAUAGGAGCUGCCACAGCCAAAGCACUGGCAAGAGAAGGCGCUAAGGUAGUACUGGUAGAUAAAAACGAAGAAAAUCUUAAAGACGUUGCAAAUGAUUGCGAACAAUAUGGCAAUAAACCUCUCAUCAUUAAAGCAGAUGUUACUAAAGACGAAGAUGUCAAAAACAUUGUUAAAGAAACUAUCGAUAACUUCAAUCAGUUAGACAUACUGAUUAAUAACGCAGGUAUUGUCAACAUAUCAACCAUAUUCGAUAAAAACCUUAUGGAAAUUUUUGACCACGUUAUGAACACGAAUCUGCGCUCCAUGGUUUAUUUGACGCACCUCGCCGCUCCAUUCCUUAUCAAGACUAAGGGAAACAUCGUCAACACUUCGAGCGUCUGCUCUCUACAAAUUCUUGCAGGGAAAGACCUGCUGGCUUAUUCUGUUUCCAAAGCAGGAGUAGAUCACUUCACGCGCUGUGUAGCUUUAGAUCUAGCUCCUCACGGUGCCAGAGUAAAUGCUGUGCAUCCUGGACCUACAAAGACAAAUAUUAUUAAAGACAUAGAAAUAUGGAAGGGCUGUACUGCGUUGAAAAAGUUGUCAGAGCCUGAAGAGAUUGCAGAUUUAAUUCUGUUCCUGUCCAGUGAUAAGGCUAGGAGCAUUACUGGAUCGACGUACGUUUGUGAUAACGGGGCGCUCUUGACAUAAAUCAUCAUUGCUGGGGGCUGGGGGUGUUCUUGAAAUAUUGGAGGGAGAUAUGGAGUCAGACCAAGAUAAGUGUGCAACGAUUUUGAUAGCACACGCAGUGCAAAUGAAAUUUAUACGUAAUAAUUUAAGCCUUAAGUAUUUUGUAGUUAUCUUUAUAGUGCAAUAAAGUUUAAAUAAUAAUAAUAAAUGACCGGGCUCGAAAGACCCGAGAGCUUUAAAACGGAGAUACAAAUAAUGGUAA